CCGCGCAGUAAUUACCUAAAGCCAUAACUGUCUCCGAAAUUAUUCAUUAAAGUCAUUCCCGAGAAUCUCGCGGCGCGAGAGCCUACAUUUAUGGCUUUUGCGCCCUCAGAGCAUGACAUCGCCUCUCGCCUUGCGCCCUCGGCGGCCGAGCGUUCAGCAUCGCGGAGAGGAAGGGGGAGACAGGGUUGCUCUCUCUUGCCUUCCUCUCGGUGUAUUUAUUUGCGGGGGCUCAGGUUGCUUUCCCCCUUUUGGCGAAGGAGUGCGAUGCAAGCCGGCAGAUACCUUGGGAACGAGGAGGGUAUUUUGGGGAGUUGCAGUGUUGUGCGGAAGAUCAUGUCUGUGCCCUGUGGUGCUGUCAGCGGUGACAGAUCCCAGAUGCAGUCGCUACUGUAUGGCAGAUUGAGUUUCUCAGCAGAAAACUCUCUCCCUCCCUCCCAAACGUCUUCAAAAACCUUCUCCAGAUACUGCGGGUCACUUCGGCUCAAACGGGGAGAGAAAGGGGGGAAAAAAGGCUUUUCCUCUCUCCUCCCUCUCUCUUCCUCUCGCCGGAUCUCUCUGGGGUGCGCGGGGGGCCAUGCCAUGCCCUUGUGCACCCGGGGGCCCUCUCACCCUCGUCCUGCUGAGAACCCGUCGCCGAACACGGGGACCGUGGUCCAGAAGGAGCCCGUCAUUUUAUCUCGGGGUUCCUCGGAACCGCAGAGCGAGCCAGACGCUGCGGCUGCUCCCGCCCUGCUCGGCGGAACAGCUGCCGCCGGUGCCUUUCUCCUCCGCUGGCCAAGUGCAUCACUCGGGACGCGACUCCGGGAGUACUUGAGGAGGAUUUGUAUUUAUUUUUUUCCCGAGAAGGGUUUUUCUUUUUGUAUCUUUUGCCUAAGCCAGGUAAGCGAUGAGGCGCUCGGUUCCCCCUCCAGCGGCUUGCCCCGCACCGCUCCCUACCGGGGAGCCCUUGAAGACUCCUUCCUGGCGGGGUUUCACCGUCCCGCACCCGGGUACCACCACCGGGCCCCGCCGGCCUCCGACCCAAGGGGCGGCGCUGGGCGAGCGGGGAGGCCGGGCGGCGACAGAGGCAGGCCGGCAGCACCGGAGCCUGCAGCUGCCCGCUCUCCCCGGGGCAGCCGUGGUCAGGGCGAGAGCAGGUUACCAGAAGAUAAUUCUUGGCCAUUCGCUGUCUUCUAUGGCGAGGAGAAACAACAACAUAUUAUUAUUGUUAUUGUUAUUGUUAUCAUCUUCAUCAUCAAUGUCAUUAUCAUUAUCAUCAUCAUCAUCAUUAUUCUUGUCUUUUUGUCCCCGAGGUUUAAGAUUUUUUUCCAAACCUCGAUGUUUUCCCCCCUACCUCCCCCCCGCGAGAAGGUAGAGUGUGAAGGCGGACACAGGUUACAUAUCAUAAUACUCCUUCGGGGAGGCCGGGCCAGCGGUGUGAAUAUCCGCUUUAAUUAGAUCAAGUGUUAACGGCUGAUUCAGUUUGAUCAGGUCUGAAAUAUUU